UUCCUCUGCAGAGUGUGGAGGUGGAGCUGCAGGUGAAGGACCAUGUGGCUACAGUCAUCUCCACUCUGAACUACCAGAACAAGGAGGACAAACCUGUAGAGGCAGUUUUUGUCUUCCCUAUGCCUGGAGAUGCUGCUGUGUGUCAUUUCAGUGCUAAGAUUGGACAGACACACAUUGUAGCUGAGCUGAAGGAGAAGCAGAAGGCUCGGGAGGAGUAUGAUGAUGCUCUGAGUUCAGGGCAGCAGGCCUUCCUGUUGGAGGAGAGUGAACAGAGUCCGGACAUCUUCUCUCUGAGUGUGGGCAGUCUGCCUCCAGGGGAGAGCGCCUCCAUCAGGCUGGAGUAUGUCAUUGAGCUGGCUGUGGAGGCUGAUGAGGCGCUGAGGUUCAGUCUGCCUGCUGUGCUCAACCCUCGCUACCAACCUCAAGGUAGUGAAGCUCCUGGACUCCCGGUGAACUCAGUUCCAGCCUCUGAGGUUCCCUACAGUCUGUCCUUUUCUGCACGAGUGUCCUCUCCUCGUCCAGUUUCCAAAGUAGAGUCCAGCUGUUCUCUGGAGCCUCUUCAGUUCCUGAACUCUGAUCACACAGAGGCUGCUGUUAAACUGGCUGCAGGACACAAGUUUGACAGAGAUGUAGAGCUGCUGAUUUAUUACAAAGAUGCUCACCAGCCCUCUGCUGUGGUGGAGGCAGGACAGGACUCUGCUGAGCCUGGAACUCUGAUGGGUGAUCCGGUGGUCAUGGCGAGCUUCCAUCAUGACUUUCCUGAGUCUGUGCGGUCUUCCGCCUCUUCCUGUGGAGAGUUUGUGCUCUUACUGGACCGAUCAGGCAGUAUGGAUUCUCCUAUGGCCGACAGUGAUCAUCUAACUCGCAUCGACAGUGCCAAGGAAACUCUCCUGCUGCUCAUGAAGAGUUUACCCAUGGGCUGCUAUUUCAACAUUUACAGUUUUGGUGACCAUUUUGAACACCUCUUCCAGAAAAGCGUAAGGUAUAGCCAGAGGACCAUGAGGCAGGCUCUGAAAAAAGUUGAGGAGAUGUCGGCUGAUCUGGGCGGAACAGAGAUCCUGGAGCCUCUCCAGCAUAUUUAUGGACAACACUGCAUCCCCGGUCAACCGAGACAAUUAUUCGUCUUCACUGACGGAGAGGUGAGCAACACCAAGAACAUUCUGGAUCUGGUGAAGGAGAACUCUGGUUCUCACAGGUGUUUUUCUUUCGGGAUUGGUCCAGGAGCCAGCUCUGCUCUUGUCAACGGGAUGGCCAAAGAGGGAGGAGGUCAUGCCCAGUUCAUCACAGACAACGACAGGAUGCAACCAAAAGUGAUGCAGUCUCUGCGGUUCGCUCUGCAGCCGCCUGUGGGGGACAUUUCUGUCACAUGGGAUCUACCUAAAGGAGUGACCGUCAAUGUCCUCUCUCCACCCAUCCAAAGCGUUUUCCAGGGACAGCGCUCUGUGAUUUUUGCUCAACUCACAGGUCAGAGCUUACAGACAGUAGAAGGCUCGCUGACUGUGAAGUACAGCGUUGCAGGUCAUCCCUGUCAAAGCCAGCUGUCCUUCAGCCUCAAGCCUGCAGACAUGGACUCCUGCACUGACAGCCCCACGCUCCACCGUCUGGCUGCGUUGACUCAGAUCCGCUGGUUGGAGAUGGAGGAACGAGGCUGUGACGGCGAGCAGAGCGACAGCGUGAAGCAGAAGCUGGUGGAGGUCAGCGUUCAGUCCGGAGUGAGCAGCGCCUUCACGGCCUUCAUCGCUGUUGACCAAAGCAACGACAGAGUCAUCAAAGGCCCAAUGGUUCACCCAGAACUCUUUGCAGACUUAUAUUUGAAAAGUUCUCUGUUCUUCUUUGGAGACGACGAUCUUUUUGGCAGCAAAAACAUUUUCAGGAGGAUUUACUCGUCUAUAAGAAAAAGGGUUUUAGCCAGAAGUCGUGACUCCUCCAAGCCUCAGCGUGAAGAUCCGCUGCUUCAGCUGGUUUCCCUGCAGGAGGCCUGUGGCCGCUGGCUGCUCGAUCCGGCUCUAGUUGUUAUUCUGGGAAAAACCAGACAAGAAGUGAAGAAAACAAAACCAGGAAAGGUCACUAAAGAAGUGUGGGCGACCGUUCUGGCUCUGAUUUGGCUUCAUAGCUGUAAGCUGGAGGCUAAGGAAGAAUGGGAGCUUGUUGCCAUGAAAGCUGUGUUAUGGCUGCAAACUCAGAAAGUGGCUUCCAUGUCUGAUUGUGUGGAGGCUGGAAAUACACUUUUGUGUUGCAAUGUGCAGAAAGACACGCUGGGGCUUUAAUGUUUUAUUUUUUCUUAAAGGGGUCCUACCAUGAAAAAACAACUUUUUGAGCUUUAAAGUGUAUUAUAUUGUUCAUUCCUCACCUA